AUGUGGUUCUCUCUCGUGGGCUUUGGUGGGGAUGUUUGUUUCCUGGAUGUGGACGGCACCCAGGGCAUCAUCCAGCCUCGAGAAACUGACGCUUGCCACGUCAACCUGCUCCGCCAUUCCAAGUUGGACAGUCCCUCGCUGACCUGGGGCGCUGUUUCUGCACAGCAAGUACACGCCAAAGGGACAAGGGCAGCUCAACUUUGUGGGAGGCGCGUCUCCCGCGAAUGA